UGUGAAGGUGUUUGAUGUAGUUUUUAAUCUGUCCUGUAGAGGGCGGGAAGGCCCCGCACUGCCGGCGGAAGUAUACAGGACGAACAAUCAGCGAAGAAGAAGUCGUGCUAACAAUUAGCCAGUUAGCUUGCUCGGUCAUGGCGGACCUGAACCGACAGCUCCAGGAGUAUUUGGCUCAUUCCAAAGGCGGCGGCGCUAAGACCAUCUCCCAGUCCAGCUCCAGCACCACGGUGGACCUGGAUGAGCCGGAGCCGGUACCCGGGAGCUGGUUCGGGCGGUGGUCCAGCCCGCGGUCAGGCCAGAGCUCCAGCGGAAACAGCGGCUUUUCUUGGCCGUGGUCGGCCGAGCCGGACCCCUGCCUGCCGGGCAUGAGCCGCCGGCAGCGGCUGGUUGCCUUCGGGGUGUGCGUGUCGUUUUCCGCGCUGUGUUUCGGACUGUCCGCGCUGUACGCGCCGCUGUUGCUGCUCUACGCCCGCAAGUUCGCUCUACUCUGGUCGCUCGGUUCGCUGUUCGCCAUCGCGGCAGCGGCGGUGCUGCGCGGCCCCAGCAGACUCGUCGCCGGCCUGCCGACCUCCCCCGGGGCCGCCGUGUACUUGUGCGCCCUCGGAGGGACUCUGUACGCUGCGCUGAGCCUCCACAGCACCGUACUGACGGCGCUGGGAGCCGCCCUACAGGUCACCGUCAUCGUCGGGUACGUGGUGUCGCUGCUGCCCGGGGGCAGCGCCGGGAUCCGCUUCAUGGGAGGGAUGGCGGCCUCUGCCAUCAAAAGGACUGUUACCGGGAAAACCAUGCCGAUCUGACCGGAGACUAAGCGCCAGACCCGGGGCGAGGUCACACAACCAACAGGCUCAAAGCUCUGAUUCCUGUAACCAGGUCCGGCGGCCAGAUUAUAAAGGACCAACUGUAACUGACUGUCAGUACAUUCCCCUGCAGACCGACAUGUCGAGGAAAUGUACAGGUGAUUGAUUAUUGGUUCCUGUCAGCUGACAUGAAAAACAGACUAAACCCUGAACUUUGACCUGCAGGACAGACGGACUGAUGCUCUGACCAAAUCAAGUUCACGGGUUUCAGCUGUCACCUGAUCAUCUGUUGGUCUGUCAUGUCAGGUGCAAACAGCUGAUGAGGGAAAAUGAACCAAUGAGAAGGAGACGCCUUAUUGUCCAGAUGUUUCCUCGUGUUAAUGUAAUUAUAUUGUAAUUAUAAAAUUCAUUAAAAGACUAACUCCUUCUGUUUA